GUUCAGUAUAUAUAAACACAAUACAAGGAAAGAAAAGCCAUAACACCGCCAUUGUAUUUUCCCUCCGAUUUUUGAAUCUAACCCUGGUUUAUUCAAUUGCCAUCAUCGCAAUCGCCAAUCGCCAUCGCCAUCGCCGUUUAUCUUCUCCGUUCUGACUCGAUCUAUUCUGACUCGAUCUAACUCAGUUUUCUUCUCAAUAUGCCUCGGAGAAACUCCUGCGAAAACUUGGACAGAUUCAUACCGAAUAGAUCCGCCAUGGAUUUCGAUUUUGCUCAUUACAUGCUCACCGGUGGCAAGGUCGAAAAAGAAACCCUAGGAACAUACUCUCCUUCCAAACAUCUUUACAGAAAGCAUCUUGCAGAAAUAUUAAACAUGAACAGAACAAGAAUCCUCGCUUUCAAGAACAAGCCACCACCCGCGGCAAACACUACCCACGAUCCGUUUUCACCUCCCCCACAAACACAACCCGCGAAGCGGAGAAGACACAUUUCUCAGUCUCCAGAUAGGACUUUGGAUGCUCCUGAAGUUGUAGAUGACUUCUAUCUGAAUCUAUUGGAUUGGAGUAGCAGUAAUGUUAUUGCUGUUGCUUUAGGAAACUCUGUUUAUUUGUGGAAUGCCUUUGAUGGUUCUACUUGCGAACUUCUUUCGGUCGAUGAUGAUAUUGGACCUGUUACGAGUGUUAAAUGGGCAGCAGAUGGGAAAUACCUUGCUGUUGGUCUAAACAAUUCCCAUGUCCAGCUGUGGGACACUUCAUCUAUUCGACUGUUGAGGACUCUUCAAGGAGGGCACAGAUUAAGGGUGAGUUCACUCGAUUGGAACAAUCACAUUCUGACAAGUGGAGGAAUGGACAGCACAAUCUUCAACAACGACGUGAGAGUACGGGCCCACAUAGUCAGCACAUACAGAGGACACACUCAAGAGGUUUGUGGCUUGCAAUGGUGUUCCUCAGGCCAGCAAUUAGCAAGUGGAGGAAACGACAACUUGCUACAUAUAUGGUCUCUUUCAAUGGCUUCUUCUUCGUCUUCUUCGAACUCUUCGAAUCAAUGGCUUCACCGAUUGGAUAGACACACUUCAGCAGUUAAAGCUCUUUCAUGGUGUCCGUUCCAGAGAAAUCUUCUUGCAUCGGGUGGAGGAAUCGGAGAUCAGUGCAUAAAAUUAUGGAACACUAAUACAGGGGCGUGUUUGAAUUCGGUUAAUACUGGCUCGCAGGUUUGUUCAUUGUUGUGGAACACAAAUGAAAGGGAGCUUUUGAGUGGUCAUGGAUUUAAUGACAAUCAGCUCACUCUUUGGAAGUACCCUUCUAUGGUUAGAAUUGCUGAGCUGCAUGGUCACACUUCUAGAGUUCUGAGCAUGGCUAAGAGCCCGGAUGGGUGUAACGUUGCGUCUGUAGCGGGUGACGAAACACUGCGAUUAUGGAGUGUUUUUGGGACGACUCAGAUUGGGAAAGCUGUGAUUGAGAAGAAACAAGAGCCUUUCUCUAAUGUACCUCGUGUUAGAUGAAACGUUUUGCGAUUUGGUAGAUCGAUUCGGACAUACUUGUAAAUAGUAUAGGGAAGGUAAAUUUUAAUUCCAUUUAUUAAUUAGAAAGGGAAUUUUUUUAUUUUUUGAGGAAAUGUUUGAAUUUGUGGUGAUAUAUAAUAUAUGUAAUAUAUGUAUGAGGUGCAGUUGCCAUAAGAACUAUCAGAAUGGAGAUAUGAGUGGCUUUUUAUUUUAUUUUAUUUUGUAAUUUAAGAGA